GCAAAGAGCAUAUCUAAAACCCACUUGGUAGUGAGGUUGAGGGAAAAAAGAAUGGGGUCUCUAAUGGCCUCGGCCACUCUUACUCUUGUAUUGGCGAUAGUCUCUCUAAGCUUGCCAUCUCAAAUCACUGCAGACAACUACGUGUAUUCAUCACCUCCACCACCCAAGAAACCAUACUACUACCAUUCACCACCACCUCCCCCAAAGAAGCCAUACUACUACCACUCACCACCACCUCCACCAAAGAAGCCAUACUACUAUCACUCACCACCACCCCCAGUGUACACUCCUCCUAAGCACCCUUACCACUACCCAUCACCACCACCACCAAAGAAGCCAUACAAAUACGCUUCUCCCCCUCCACCAGUGCAUGUAGUGUAUCCUCCCAAGACACCAUACUACCACUCCCCACCACCUCCACCACCUAAGAAGCCUUACAAAUAUUCAUCUCCUCCGCCCCCAGUGUAUCACCCUUACCCACAUCCCCACCCACACCCCCACCCUAAACCUCACCCUUACCCCCAUCCUCACCCACACCCUCCCUACGUUCCUCACCCAGUUUACCCACCACCCAAGCCAUACAAGUACUCGUCUCCUCCACCUCCAGUCUACCCUCAUCCUCACCCACACCCCCACCCUCAGCCCCACCCUUACCCCCACCCCCACCCUCACCCAGUGUACCACUCUCCUCCACCACCUUAUAAGAAGCCAUACAAGUAUUCAUCCCCACCACCUCCAGUGCACCACCCCUACCCUCACCCUCACCCUCACCCUCAUCCUCAUCCUCACCCUUACCCUCAUCCCCACCCUCACCCACACCCCCACCCUCCCUACAAGUACUCGUCUCCUCCACCCCCUCCUUACAAGUACCCAUCUCCUCCUCCACCCCCUUACAAGUACCCAUCUCCUCCUCCACCCCCUUACAAGUACCCAUCUCCUCCACCACCUCCAUACAAGUACCCAUCUCCUCCACCACCACCUAAGAAGCCUUACAAGUACUCAUCUCCACCACCACCAGUUCACCCUCCUUACAUUCCCCACCCAGUUUACCACUCACCUCCACCACCUUAUAAGUACCCAUCUCCACCACCACCUCCUUACAAGUAUCCCUCUCCACCACCACCCCCUCACUACAUCUAUGCUUCACCUCCCCCUCCUUACCACUAUUAGACGCCGCUUGGUCUACCAUACCUCUCAAUGGAUAUGAAGAUGAUGUGAAAAUAAAGAAAGCGAUGGAAGGAAGAAGCGCUUCAUAAUACACGAAAGAGAAGAGAUGAAUGGAAGCAAAGUUUCCGCGUUUUGUAUUUCAUAAGAAGUGUUAAUUUAUUUUCUAUAAUAGGAUUGGUUUCUAUGCUUUUUAUUUAU